AUGACAACAAUUAGUUUUUGUUUUUUCCAUUUCAAACAGAAUUUAUGGAGGCAGAUACAGACUUUGGGUUUACAACAAUUAUUCGUAGAAAAUAAUGAUGUUCGACAUUUAUUAAAAAAAUUUGGAUGUUUAGCAUUAAUACCUGAACAAUUUGUAAUUGCUGAAUUUGAAAAAUUACAAACUGAUUCACCAGACUCUAUCAAUGACUUCAUCGAUUACUACGAAGACAAUUAUAUUGGUCGACCAAUUCGCAAUAAUCGACGUCGUACUCCUCGUUUUUCGAUUUCUAUGUGGAAUAUUUAUGCUCGUCUUGAUCAACAAUUACCAAGAACUAAUAAUUCAAGUGAGGGUUGGCACAGAGCCAUUCAGUACUCUGUUCGUUCACAUCCAUCAAUAUACGAAUCAAUAAAAGAUCUAAAAACUGAGCAACACGCGACAUUAAUUAUGGCAGAACAGUUACGAUCUGGUUCAAUGAAACUCAGACGACGUGCCAAAUAUGAACUUAUAGAUGAACAAUUACAACAAUUGGCUUCUUCUUUUUAUAUAAUAACAAGAGAUAUGUACUUUAAACGAGCAAGAGCUCUGUUUCAUUUUUGAUAUAGAUCUAAAAUAUAUUUAAAUGAAUAUAUUUUUUUGUAUUUAUUAAUUUUUUUUAAUAUGAGGCUCAAGUGUCGGAAGCUCAUUUGUCGGGAGCUCAACUGUCGGUAGGCUCAACUGUCGGUA